AUGUUUGGAUUUCUCAGCUUCCUUCUCUUCUUACUUGUCUCUUCUACUACCGCUUCUUUUCCUCCCUGCAAUCGCUGUGUUCAUCAAUCCAAAGCUACUCAUUACUAUGAAGAUGCGCCUACUACAUAUGGAGGCGCUUGUGGUUAUGGAAAUGUGGCAUUGGAAAUGUCCCAAGGCCAUUUUGCAGCUGCUGUGCCUUCCCUUUAUAAACAAGGAGCAGCUUGUGGUGCUUGCUAUCAGGUAAGAUGCAAGGACAAACGUCUGUGCAACACAGCAGGAGCUAAAAUAGUUGUGACAGAUCAGAAUAAUGACAAUAGAACAGAUCUUGUUCUUAGUAGAAAAGCUUUCUCCGCAAUGGCUUUGAAAGGAAAGGGCCAACAACUUUUGAAUUCUGGACUCGUCGAUAUCGAAUACAAGAGGAUACCAUGUGAUUACAAAAAUAAAAAUUUGUUGGUGCAAGUGGUAGAAUGGAGCCACAAGCCAUACUACUUAGCCAUCAAAUUCCUAUAUCAAGGUGGCCAAACAGACAUACAAGCAGUUAACGUAGCUCAGGUUGGUGUUCCAAAAUGGCGGCCUAUGAAAAGAAAUUAUGGAGCAAUUUGGGAUACCAAUAAUGUGCCUGAAGGAGCUUUACAGCUGAGAAUGGUGGUAACCUCAAGAUACGACAAUGGAAAGUGGAUUUGGGCAAGUUAUGUGCUCCCUGCUGAUUGGAAAAAUGGAGAGAUUUAUGACACUGGAAUUAAAAUCAAAGAUAUUGCAAUUGAGAAUUGCCCUCCUUGGCAAUGUGGUGAUGCUCAAUGGAAAUGA